CUUUCUUUUCACGCUUUCUUCUCCAUUGAUGCAGUUUAUUGAUUUUCUGUUUCUUUUGAACGGUAUUACAAUCGCGAAUUACUUUGACACUCCUUGGACAAAAGACUCUUUCACUGAGUGACGUCAGAUUCUGCAAGAAAAACGAGGGUCUUUUGAAGAAUCAACAUGGGGCGAGAUUCUGUUGACGCCUCGGCCGAUGCGGCCUUGGCCGCCAUGGGGUACAAGUCUGAAUUGCCCCGCAAUUUAAGCAUGAUGAGUAUUCUAGGGCUAUCAUUUGCCAUUAUGGCCGUUCCAUUUGGUCUAAGCACAACAUUAUACAUUACAUUGACUGAUGGCCAAUCGGUGACCAUCAUAUGGGGAUGGGUUCUAGUAUCUCUUAUAUCCCUGUCGAUUGCUGCAUCACUUGCAGAAAUAUGCGCCGUGUAUCCUACCGCUGGCGGAGUAUACUACUGGUCCGCAAUGCUGUCGACGAGAAAGUAUGCUCCUAUUGCCUCAUGGGUCACUGGCUGGCUCACGCUUGUGGGCAACUGGACCGUCACAACGAGUAUCAAUUUCUCUGGCGCUCAAUUGAUUCUCUCUGCAAUAACGCUAUGGCGGGAAGACUUUGUGCCCAACCAGUACCAGACUGUGCUCAUGUACUGGGCCGUAAUGCUUGUCUGUUUCUCUGUCAAUGCAUUCGGAUCAAAGUAUCUUGAUCUGAUCAAUAAAAUAUGCAUCUACUGGACAGCCGCCUCCGUCUUGAUCAUUCUCGUGACUCUUCUGACCAUGGCCGAUCACCGGCGCAGCGGCGCUUUUGUUUUUGGUCAUUAUGACGCUUCUGCAAGUGGAUGGCCCACCGGCUGGGCAUUUUUCGUCGGCCUCUUACAAGCAGCAUACACCUUGACCGGGUACGGUAUGGUCGCCGCCAUGUGCGAAGAAGUGCAGCGACCGCACCGCGAGGUACCCAAAGCCAUGGUCUUAUCCGUUGCCGCCGCCGGCAUCACGGGCGUCAUCUAUCUCAUUCCAAUCCUCUUCGUGCUGCCCGACAUCGCCACCCUUUUGAACGUGAAGAACGGUCAACCCAUCGGUCUGCUCUUCAAGACCGUGACCGGCUCCGCAGGCGGUGGCUUUGGCCUAUUAUUCCUGAUCCUCGGCAUUCUUUUCUUCGCGGGCGUCGGCGCUCUUACCGCCGCCAGUCGCUGCACGUAUGCUUUUGCCCGCGACAGAGCCAUCCCCGGCAGUCGACUAUGGAGCCGCGUCAGCCACACGCUUGACAUUCCGCUGUGGGGGCUCAUUCUCUCUACUGUCGUCGAUUGCUUGCUUGGUCUGAUUUAUUUUGGUUCGUCUGCGGCGUUCAAUUCCUUUACGGGCGUCGCGACCAUCUGUCUCUCCACAUCAUAUGGUAUUCCCAUUCUCGUGUCCCUGAUGCGCGGCAGGAAACUCGUCAGGGAUUCUACCUUUUCGUUGGGAAAAUUUGGAUUCGUCAUUAAUGCGCUCACGAUUGCGUGGAUCGCCCUUGCGGUUGUGCUUUUCUGCAUGCCCGUCUCCCUGCCUGUCGAUGCGACGGAUAUGAAUUACGCCAGUGUCGUUUUUGCCGGCUUCGCCACGAUUAGUAUCGUGUGGUAUUUCAUCAGAGGACGAUCCGGCUUCAGCGGCCCCCCUGUGGAAAAGGACAUGUCUCCAGAAGAUGUAGAUGUUGGUGUAGUCUCUGGGCAUCCUCCUCCCGCGGAUCUUGAAAGUAAAGCGGCAGCGGCAGCUGCUGGGGGUGCGGCGGAAAAGGGGUCGCCGCAGUCAAAGACGGAAUCCUCGAUAUAAACCACGACC